UCUCUUACUUUCGUUAUUCUCUCCAUUAGAAGUCAGCAAUGGGCAAUGAACAUCGACCUUCUUCAAUUUCCUGUCCCAAGCUUCCCAAAUUUCAUACCCAAUUAACCUAUUUAUCUCAUUUUCUGCUGUUUGUUACAGGUCUGUCCCUCGGAAUCACUCUUUGCACAUUUUCCCAAACCUUCUCCUUCUAUUUACAGCCUACUUUCCUAUCUCUUUCGCUGUCCUCCCGGGCUCCUUCUGUAACUUGUUGCAAUAGUUGCGAAUCGAGCGAUAAUAAGUCAUUAGUCAUACGCGAUAUGGAUGAGGAUGAUGAAGAAUUGUUUCGGAGGGCAUCGUUUGUGCCGAGGAUUGAAGAAUUUCGGCAUUAUCAUGUCCCUAAAGUUGCCUUCAUGUUCUUGACAAAGGGGCCUUUACCUUUGGCUCCAUUGUGGGAGAAGUUCUUUGGGGGAAGUGAAGGGCUUUACUCAAUUUAUGUUCACUCUCAUCCUUCAUAUAAUGAUUCAGUGCCCAUAAAUUCUGUUUUUUAUGGAAGAAGAAUUCCUAGCAAGCCGGUGGAAUGGGGAAAGGCAACAAUGAUGGAUGCAACAAGGCGUCUUCUAGCUAAUGCACUUCUUGAUUUCACCAACCAAAGAUUUGUAUUGCUAUCAGAAUCUUGCAUUCCUUUGUUCAACUUCACAACAACCUACAACUACCUCAUCAACACUAACGAAAGCUACAUCGACUCCGACGUUACUCCUAGCAAAGAGAGUCGUGGUCGAUACAAUCCUCAAAUGCUCCCCAUCAUCUCCAUUUCUCAAUGGCGCAAAGGCUCCCAAUGGUUUGAACUCAAUCGAAAACUUGCCAUUGAAGUCAUCUCAGAUACCAAAUAUUACCCUAUUUUUCGACAGCAUUGCACCGCACCAUGUUAUGUGGAUGAACAUUAUAUUCCUACACUUGUGAAUAUUUUGAAGCCUAAGGAAAAUUUAAAUAGAAGUAUUACUUGGGUUGAUUGGUCGAAGAGAGGUCCUCAUCCUGGAAGAUUCGGGAGACAAGAUGUUUCGGAUGAAUUUUUGAAUCAAAUAAGGUUUGGUAGCCAUUCUUGUACUUACAAUGGCAUCAACACUUCAGUAUGUUUUAUGUUUGCUAGAAAAUUUUUGCCAAAUACUUUGCAACCUUUGUUACAAAUGGUGCCAAUGUUGUUCUAUUUCAAUCAAUCUCUAACAUCAAUGUAAUAGAUUGGUUUAACUAAUUAAUUGUGAUAAUAAAUCUAAUGAGAGAACAAUUAUUUCCCA